UUGAAACCCAAACAUGCACUACACUUCAAAAAUAGGCAUAUGUGAUCAAAUAAAUAAAUAUACUGUUUAUAAUAAUAUCUCUCAAUUACUUUGCCAUUUGGAGACCUGUCCACUGCCCUUUCUCCAGCCCGCGACUAUAUUAACCCUCCAUUUCAUGCAAUUUCUCAUCCAUGGAUUAUGACAGGAUGCAGGAGCCCUUCGAGGAGGAAGAUGACGAUGUUUUCUACUGCGAACUUCGCAGGCAAGUCUUGCAAUUGACAGCUGAAGACGAUGACGAUGAUGUUUGUGAUGCGAUGGUCCGUAAACAAGGCCCGUAUGUUGGCGCUCCACAGCCUGUUUGCUAUCACGAUUGGCCCGGGAUUGACGAGGGCUGCGGUUUUGCUGCGCCUGCAUGGAUCGUCAACUUGUGGCGAAGUGGAAAUGGGACCGGUGUUUUCAUACCUCAAGGAGUUCAGUCUAGAAGAACAGACAGAUCAAGAAGGAAGAAUGGUAGAGGAAAGGGACACAGAAAGGGACACAAGCGAGUAGAGAGAAUGAAUCAUUUUCUACUAUAGCAUAGUAUAUGUAUAGAUAAAAUGGAUAUGUAUGGAUUUAUCUGU